GACGGUUCUGUUGACGCAGAAAGAAGCAAUGUUACCGAUUUGGUAGCGCAAUGUGAUCCUGCUGGUAAAAGGACAAUAUUUGUACUAACAAAAGUGGACAUGGCAGAGGAAAAUUUAGCAGAUCCAGAUAGAAUUAGGAAAAUACUUCAGGGAAAAUUAUUCCCCAUGAAAGCUUUAGGAUAUUAUGCGGUGGUUACUGGGAGGGGCCGUAAAGACGACUCUAUACAAACAAUAAAAGAUUACGAAGAGAAUUUCUUCAGAAAUUCAAAAUUAUUCAAACAAGGUAGAGUAUUAUCCAAUCAAGUGACUACGCGUAAUUUGAGUAUGGCGGUAGCCGAUUGCUUUUGGAAAAUGGUAAAGGAAACUGUUGAGCAACAAGCAGAUGCAUUUAAAGCUGCAAGAUUUAAUCUAGAAACAGAAUGGAAGAAUAACUUUCCUCGACUACGUGAGCAAGAUAGGGAUGAACUGUUCGACCGAGCACGGUCAGAAAUUCUCGACGAAAUUGUCAACUUAUCUCAAGUCAGCACUAAACAGUGGGAGGAAAGUCUCAUGAACAAAAUUUGGGAAAAGGUUUCUACGCAUGUAUUCGAGAACAUCUACUUACCAUCUGCACAGACUAAUUCGCAGGAAACCUUCAAUACAUCGGUGGAUAUCAAGCUUCGUCAAUGGGCUGAACAGACGUUACCGUCGCAAUCUGUAGAGUCUGGUUGGGAAACACUGAAAGAAGAGUUUAGAUCUUUCUUGGAAAAGGCAUCUAAAAAUCCCAAUCAUGACAAUAUUUUUGAUCAACUGAAAACAGCAGUUGUGGAAGAGGCUAUGCGACGUCAUACAUGGGAGGAUAAAGCUGCCGAAGUGCUACGAGUUAUUCAACUAAAUGCUCUAGAAGAUAGAACGGUGAAUGAUAAAAGGGACUGGGACUCAGCCAUUCGAUUCCUUGAGAGUAGCAUACGUGAAAAAUUAAAAACCACUGAUAUUGUACUCAAACAGAUGUUGGGACCUUCCACGAAAGAAAAGUGGUUGUAUUGGAAGUCUCCCACCGACGAACAAGCAAAAAGAAGCUAUGUCAAGUCGGAAUUGGACAAAAUAUUGGCUUCCGAUCAAAAACAUCCUCCUGCUUUAAGUUAUGAUGAAUUGACAACAAUUCGUAAAAAUUUACAGCGUAGUAACGUCGAAGUCGACUCUGAUUUUAUAAGGGAAGUAUGGGAACCGGUCUAUAGGAAACAUUUCUUAAAUCAGGCCAUUAAUAAGGCCUACGAUUGUCGCAGGUCUUUUUUCAUGUACCAUCAAGGUCUCGAGACUGAAUGCGGUGAUGUGGUGCUGUUCCAUAGGAUACAACAAAUGAUGAAAGUGACAUCAAAUGCUCUCAGGCAACAAAUUAUGAAUAGAGAAGCAAGAAGAUUAGAUAAAGAAAUAAAAGAUGUACUGGAUGAUUACAGCCAGAAUCAACAAAUUAAAGAGAAACUGCUAACUGGAAGGAGAGUAACUCUUGCAGAAGAACUAAGUAUGCUUUAAAGUAUCAACUUUUCUGUU